GAAGACUGUUCCAUACGGUCUCGGAGGCCCUUCUCGAUCCAGAAGAUCGCUGAAGGACAUGGUGCCAGAGAUGCUCACUGAACCUAGCAGCAGAUGCCGAUGUGCCAGCCAGAAGGACAAGAAAUGUCUGAACUUCUGCCAGACAGGAAAAGAUCUCUGGGCUCAGUCCACAGUGGAGAAAACCUCGCGUCAUCUCAACGAAGCUGGCAAUUGCAUCGGACCCAAGUGCAUGAGCCGACAGCUUGUUGAGGGCAAGAAAAUGAAGCGGCUGGAAGCCAUUGGUAACAGUAUCAAAGCUUCCUUCCGUACUGCGAAGCUGAAGGCUGAGCUCCAGAAAGGGUGGAAGCUGAAAUAUAACAGGGCAAACAAAAGGCAAAGCAUCUGGGAAAGCCUGAAAGCAUCCUAG